AUGGAAACAAAUGGAAUUGAUGUAAAUGAUCCGAUUAAGAAAGAGAAAAAGGAUAAGACUAAGUUUAAGGGCGCAUCCAGUUACAAAUGUCAAUUUUGUGAGAAAUCCUUUCCCAGGUUGGGAUAUCUGAAGAAGCAUGAACAGAGUCAUGAAGAUUAUAUGCCAUUUAAAUGCCCUGUAUGUCUUCGAUUAUUUAAGCAUAAGAGAUCUCGAGAUCGGCAUUUGAAGCUUCAUACUGGAGAUAGGAGGUACAAAUGUCUCUUCUGUGAUUCUGCGUUUUCAAGGAGUGAUCAUCUAAAAAUCCACAUGAAAACUCAUGACAGCAAGAAAGCAUUUCAAUGUAAUUUCUGCAAUCGUGGAUACAACACAGCCGCUGCUCUUACGUCGCAUAUGCAGAACCACAAGAAACAGAAUGAACUUCGUGAAAGGAAUGAGUCUCCUUACAAUUAUAGCAUGAAGUCAUCCGAGUCAUCUACGACUUCAAUGGCCGAUAAGAAAAGGUUGGAGAUGGUUUCACCAAAAUCUGUAAAAUCUGAUGGACAGUGCGAAAUGAAGAGUCAGAUUCGAUGUUUUUACUGCACAAAGACAAAUUUUGUGUCAUUGGAACAAUUAACGCAUCACAUUAAUAUCAUGCAUAAUCAUAGAUUUAUGAAAGAAAGAAAGAAUAGAAGUGAACAUGAAUUGUCGUUGUCGUCUGCUCAAUAUAUAGCUUGUGAAUAUUGUUUAAUGAAAUUUACAUCGUCGGAAAAGCUCAUUAAGCACAUUAAUUUAGUUCAUGAAGAUAGAAUGCAAGGAACAAAUGAUGAAUUUUUAAGUCCCAAACUGAAUGAAUCUUCUAAUAACAAUAAUAGUAAUAAUGCACAACAUACGAAUGAAGGAAGCAUUAGUAAUAAAAAAUUGGCACAUAGAUAUAGCGACGAACAACCAACGGACUUAAGUCAGAGGAUUUCCAAAAAGAUUAAAAUAGAAAAUUAUGCAAUUCAAAAACAUUUCGAUUCACCAAUAAAUAAUAAUAUUAAUAAUAAUAAUAGCCGUACAGCACCUGCUACACCGGAUGUCUUUUUAUGCAAUCAAUGUAAUGCAUCGUUACCGAGUUUUGAACUUUUUCGGCUACAUCUAAAGAACCAUCUUGAAGAGAAUUAUGGAAGUCGAAGCGGUGAGCAUUUUGAAUUGAGCAAUGCAUUCUAUCAGCACUCACAGAAGAAAUUUGUAUGUCAGCAAUGUCGAGAUGUUGUGUUUGAUAAUCGUUUUGAAUAUGAUCAGCAUGUUGAGCAACAUUAUACAGAGUUUUUGUGUCAAGAAUGUGACGAUACGUUUACGAAAAAUGAAGACUUGCAGAAUCAUUUGCUUGAGAAUCACGUCCGUUUUAAGUGUACGCUGUGCAAUGAAAAUCUUGAGUCCAUAAUAUCACUAAAAUUACAUUUUGCAACACGACACUCGGAUAAGAGGUGCUCCGCAUGUCACGAUGUCUUUCGUAGCGAAAGAGACUUUAAAACUCAUAUUCAGACAAAGCAUUCAGCUGUUGACUUAAUAAAAUGUAUCUUUUGUCGCGUCACAUGCUCGUCAGAACUUGAAAUGCAUUUCCAUUUUCUAUCAACGCAUGUCAAGCAGUUUAGGUGCCCAGCUUGUUCUGAAUCUUUCCAUGUUGAAUUUUUACUCGACCGUCACCUUCAAACUCAUCAUUCCGUUAAUGAAGCGCCUCCAACUCCUACAACUUUCAAUUUAGAAAAGGAAGCAAGUGCACUGAAUCUUCAAAACUAUCAUGCAUCAUUAAUUGACAGUUAUAGAGAGAAAUUCCUAAUGAAUCCUGAUCCAAAGCUUCCCGACGCAAAUUUUCUACAUAAACUUAAUCCAACAAUUUUUCCAUUAAAUUCUUUACAUAAUCAAUAUCCAAAAAGUAUUAACUUGAAUUCCUUACAUGAUAGUCUUAGUAGAGUACAGACAAGUAUUGAUGAACAAAAUCAACCGCAAGGCAUGAGAGUCAAGAAUUUAUAUAGCUUGGCAAAUGACCCAAAAUCUGUCAAUUCUGAAGCUCAACCUUCUUCUUAUAAAAUUCAGAACUCGACAAAUUCUAGCGUUACCACAAAUGAUAAGAAUAACAAUAAGAAUUCAACCUUUAAGGAUAAGAGUGAACCACAACUUGAAUUACCUACAGAAAAAUCUAGUCAUAUCAUUCAUCUUAAUACUAAAACUGGCGUGAGCCUUAAAUGUGCUUAUUGUGAGGCUCGCGAGGACUUUAAAUCUAGAACUGAGUUGGAGAAUCACAUGAAAAUUCAGCAUAAUAUAGCAGCGAAACAUAAGUGCUCAAUUUGUGAUGAAAUCUUACCAAGUCCAGCAGUAUUAGCUGAGCAUAAACUACAGCACUGUAAAGUCAUAUCCGGGAAAUGUUUCCAUUGUUCAGAGUCAAUUAAGGAUAUUGUCGAGUUUAAGCAUCAUACUCAAAGUCACAAUCAAAAGAAUAAGAGCUCGUUAGAACUUCCAGUACACUGCAUCUGCUGUCAUCAGUUACUGACUUCAGAUUUCGAGAUUAAUCUUCAUGCUAAAUUCCACACAAACACAGUCAGCUCAACAGCAGCAAAUGAAGACAAAACUUGUGCUCUCUGUCUAUCCGCACUUGAAAACACAAAUUUAAAGAAAAUCUGCAAUUCGUGUAUGAUGAAGCAUAACUUCUCGCUAUCCAAAAAUCAGCUACAGCUAUGCAAUCUCUGCAAACAAAAUAUCGACGGUGAAAAGUUCCAAGACCAUUUAAUUGAGCAUGCAUUUGACAAUGAGUCAAUAACUUGUGUUGUCUGUAAUUCAAUAUUUUCAACAAUCAAUGGCUUAAAAGAGCAUAUAAGAGAGCACAAAUUAACGCCAGCAGAUUUCAAGGAAGCGUGCACAAAAUGUAAUGCUAGAUUUUUAUAUUCAUCCGAAUUACUUCAUCACAUCAAGGAACAUGAAAUUGUAGAAAGUCAAGCAAAGACAACAAUAAAGCAAGAGAAUCAGGAAGAGUCAAUAAUUAUAAAAGAGAUUAAGGAUGAAGAAGAAGACGACUACAUUGAGAUUGAAAAAGUUCCAGAGAAUUAA